AUGACAACGAAAAUCGCGUCCACAACUUUAAUAACACUCCCAGUUGAGAUUCUACGCUCGAUUGCGCACCUCCUCCUACGUAGUGAUCUUCCAGCGGUGUCAGCUCGUGGGCAUCUGCUGGAAGAAAGCUAUGUAGACGUGCUGAGGGAUUGGGUGUACCCAAAUCCUUUACCCCUGACGGCCUGCACCCCGUCCUUGCCUUGUCUAACACGCCGAGGUGCACGCAGCGGACAAACGCGCGUGUGUUACCGCGGAGAUCGAGGUCCAACACGCUCAGCGUUCGAUCUGCUUUACGUUUGCAGACAUCUGAGACGGACCCUAUCCGAGGACACCCUCUUCUGGGCAGAAGGUCUCCUCCUUCACCCUUACCGCCUCAAUGAUGCGUUGCAAUUUGCUCUUGCGGCGGAGCAGCCCCGUCUAUCGUUUGUCGGGCACGGCGGCGCCUGUAUCUGCGUAUUAGAGCAGUUGGUACCCCGUUUGUCCAUCACCAAACGUCUAGAUCUCGCUCUUCCCUCCACCGACCUUCUUGAUAGGUCCCCCAGUCGCAGAAUUCAGGAGGAACUUAUUCGGGGCGCCCCUCUGCUGGAACACGUAGAUCUCCGAUUUGACUGGGCUCACGCACGAGAAGACGCCGUCAAGAAGACUAUCGUCUUACUGCCCAAGAUCUUGACCGUCCGCUUAAUGAAUUCGACUUUCGUCCUCGGCGGUGACAUGUUGACUUCGCUCUACAUUGCUUGCGAGGAGACCGCAUUUCGCUGGCCACGGGUUGACAUUUAUAAGCUAUUGCGAUUCUGCAGGAAUCUCGUCAUCCUGUCGCUUCAGAUGUGUUUUGUCGAUGUGGAAGAACUGCCGCACGUCACGCAGAGCCAAUACCCGGACGCAGGCUUCGUCGUACUCAGCAAGCUACGUUAUCUGCAUCUGUCUGAUAGGCCGCUCGAAUGGUCUCAAGCAAGCUCGGCUUUCGAUCUGCCGCCUGCUUGUCACGUCCACGCCGACGUGAUCUUACCUAUGAGUGACUCUAGGGAUUACUCCAUAGACGCGAUGCGACUAGACAUCGAGCGGGCGAUCGACAACAGCCGAAUCUUCAACAUCGGCUUCUAUCACCGGAUCAUGGUUUUGCGAUUGCAGGAUACAGGAACGUUAAACCACGCAUGGCAAUGGCCCGAGUAUAUGACCGUCGCGUUCGGCGACACGGCGGAGGACGCGUUGUCGUUUCGGGAUCCCCAUGCCUCAUCCGCUUCAGGAUCGUUCGGCGUGCGCAACUCCGCGUUCUCGCUGUUGUCGGUCGAGACACCUUGGAUGCACAUACGAAACGAUGGCAUACGCUUGCAAAGGGUCCUUGAUAACUUCUUGCGGGCGUGCCGUGACUUGGGUCUGAGAUAUGUGGAGACUCUAGUUCUUGAUAUCUCUCGAAUGCAGACGCCCAUCAACAGUUGGCAAAGCAUGUUGAUUGAACUGCCGAAUGUGCGCCGCAUAACGGUACUGGGACCGACCAGUUUCCGUGCCAGGCCCGUCACGGAAUUGGCCGUCGCCCUAGGAACUCGGCAGGAAACGAUCGAUGACGGUGGACAUUACCUCUGCCCCUUGCUCCAGUCCAUUUACGUUCCCAAUGCUUGCGACGCCGUACCGCAGGAGAUGAUAGGGCGUCUUGACAUCAGUCUUGGCGGUAGACGGAACCCUGCCAGUGGAUGUACUCCCGUCCUCUGGAAGGUCUAG